AUGAAACGGAAGGAAAGAACUUCUUCCGUGAAAUCUUCACCGGAAAAUCGAACGAAAAGGAGGAAGAGAAUUUCAGAUUUCUAUUUACCCGAUGAGUGUUGGGAAUGCGUCUUCAGAUUCAUCAUCAACGACAACAACAAAUCUUGCUUGAAUUCUCUCUCCCUCGUCUCCAAACAGUUCCUCUCCAUCACCAACAGUCUUCUAUUUUCUCUCAGAGUCAAAGUGAAAACACGUCCUUUCCUCCCUAUUCUCUUCGAAAGGUUCACCAACCUCAACACCCUCGACCUCACAUACUUCUAUGAUGACCACAACCUUGACGAUCUUCUCUGUCAAAUCUCAAUUUUCCCAUUGAAACUCAAAUCACUCAAACUCCCAUUCGGAUGCCGCUUUCCUGCAUAUGGGUUGCAAGUUUUCUUGCAAACUAUUACAACUUUGAACUCUCUCACUUGUUGCGCCGCUGAUUUUUGUGACAUGGAUCUGUCACCCAUUGUUGAUUGUUUCCCUUUGCUAGAACAUUUGGAACUUUGUAACACUAGUUUUAAUGAUCAACAUGUUGUUGAUUUCUCUCUAUUUCUUAGUAAUUUGGUGUCUAUAAACCUUAAUGCUUGUCGUAAUCUCACAGAAACAACCUUGUUUUCACUCGGUAGAAACUGUCCUUCGCUUAUUGAAAUCAAAAUGAAAUGCACGGCUACUGGGGAAGCGAGCGUAGGACAUUCAGAUUCUUUAGUUGAGUUUGGUGUAUACCCUCAAUUAAAGUCUCUCUAUUUGGCUCACAAUUACCGGUUAAGUGAUGAAAUCAUCAGAAUACUUGCUUCCAUUUUCCCCAACUUAGAGCUACUUGAUUUGGGUCAUUGCUAUAACAUAUCUCAAGUUCCCGAGCUGGAGGUGUUGAAUUUGUCAGAAACAAAGGUUAAUGAUAAAACACUCUAUGCGAUCUCAAAGAAUUGUUGUGGGCUUUUGCAACUAUUACUUGAAUUUUGUUAUAAUGUCACAGAAGUGGGAGUGAAACAUGUGCUAGAAAACUGCACACAAUUGAGAGAGAUUAAUUUGCGGUAUAUCCAUAACUUUGAGAUGGCUGGUAGAAAUGACGCUGUUAUAGCUGCUGCACUUGAGGCUGUUGCUCAAGCUGUAGGACAGCAACCGAAUGCUGGUGCUGGUAACGAUGGUGGGGAUAUGUCUGUUACGGAGUAUGCUGCGAAGUUUGUGGAACUUGCUAAGUUCUACCCUCAUUAUACUGCGGAGACGGAGGACACGAAAGCUCAUUACAAGGUUUAUGAUAGAGUUGGGAAUUUUGGGGUUUAUGUUGGAUUAAUGGGUCUUUGA